AUGGACGUGACUAGGAGCAGUAGUCAGGGCCAGCCAGAGAGCCCCCGGUGUAGAACCAGGGUCCAGCCAGAGAGCCCCCGGUGUAGGAGCAGGGGCCAGCCAGAGAGUCCCCGGUGUAGGAGCAGGGGCCAGCCAGAGAGUCCCCGGUGUAGGAGCAGGGACCAGCCAGAGAGCCCCCGGUGUAGGAGCAGGGACCAUGGCAACACCCCCAAGAAGAGACGUCACCUCACCAGACAGGGCAGCUCCUCCUCUUCCUCCUCAUCUUCGCUGUGCUCCCCCCAGGGGUCGUCCCGCCUCACUCCGCGCCGCUGCCUUUCUCCCAGCAUGCUGAGCCCCACCAACAACCUCCAGGUGCCCUUCCUGGACUCCUUCACCGCCCUCCCCGUCCGUCAGCCGCCCAGGGAGGAGUUGGAGUGGAAACAGGUAGUAGAUUUGCUGUGGAGCGACCCGAAGAGCCAGCUAGGCUGCAGUCCCAACACCUUCAGGGGAGGAGGCAGUUACUUCGGGCCAGACGUGACCAGACGCCUGCUGGAGAGACACGGCAUGACUCUGCUGAUCAGAUCACAUGAGUGUAAACAGGAGGGCUACGAACUCUGCCACGACGGACAGGUGAUCUGUUAGGCCU